UGACAGACAGUCGUGUUUGCAGCGAUCUAGCGAGCGGUAGACUUUGCGCUGCUCGAGAACCUGGAGGAGAGAAAGGAACCUGAAUCGGAACGAGGCCAGAGCCGCAUUAAGGAGCUAGUAACUAGGACACACCUCCAGCCAAAAUGAGCCAGAACCAACUGAGUACAGAGCAACUGCUCUUCGAGGAGAAGCCGCUCUACGUGCCCCCAUUGUCGGAGCUACAGAACGUUAUACAGGGUGCCCUAACGGCCAACUUUGCCAGUGUGGAUGUCAGUGUGGGUCCUUGCCCGGACCUGAAGGCCAAGCAGUUCGGUCUGGUGGAGAGCGGACUGGGUGGCAAGCCCACUCUGCUGGAGGCAGGAGGCCCUCCCUUCCUGUUGCCCCUGGUUCAGCGGGAUAAGCUGUACAACAUCACUGAGAUUACCCGCAAGAUCCAGGGCCCUGGCAAGAUCUUUGCAGUGGGCGCAGGAGCUGGUCCCUGGCCCAUCCGGGGCUCCAACUGCGAGGGCAUCUUCAACCUGUCGGUGAGCGAGAAGAAUGAGCUCACGAAUGGCAGCUACACUGCCACUGUGAGGGGAGAGCAGGAGGAGUGUGUCCUGGAGAAGAUCCCCCACACUGAGCCUCGUUGCGCCCUGCUGCUGAACCUGUUCCUCAGCCAGGGAAAACCAGGUCAGGUCCUUAAGAUCACCGCCAAACAGCGCACUGGCGAGCAGAACUUCAUCGAGUGCAUCCGCAAGGGUCUGGAGAACCACUACGGCGACAAGGUGGUGGGUCUGGGAGGCAUCUUCCUGAUCAAGAAGGGUGCUGCCCACCAGCACGUGAUGCGCGACUUCAGCAAGACGCCCAUCAACAGCGACGAGGAGGUGAACGAGUGGCUCAAGUUCUACGAGAUGCCCGCCCAGCUGAACGCCGUGGGCACUCUGGUGACCAAGGAGCACGACCUUGACCUCCGCCUGCAGCACUUCCACUCCUUCUCCUUCAGCAACUGGGGCGGUCACUAUCACUACGACACCACGCCCGAUGUGGUGGAGUACGAGGCCUAUCUGAAUGUGGCCGAGCGGGUGGUGAGGGUUGACAAGCCCGUGUCCACUCACAAGGUGGGACGAGACUAGAUCUUAUCUCAUCCAUCUAAUUCUAGCCGACUUUUCUAUUGCCCUAACCCCCAUAAAUAAUAGUAAAUAAACGUAACAUAAACUCGAAAA